AUGUCGCGAGUCCCUCAGCGUUAUCCGCGCACCAUCAAACCACACUAUCCUCCCACCUCUUCCCCUUCCCCCGCGACUUUCACCGCGCAGGAGGAUCUGAUCUUAUUGGAUCACGUGCGCAGCUACGGCACGCGGCACUGGGGCGUGCUCAAGGCGUCCGGGCGGCUGCCGCACCGCGACAACAAGGCCUGCUGCAACCGCUUCAUCCUCCUUAAAAAGUACUCACACACUCACCCUCCUUUAGAAGUGAUUCGUUUCUGGGCAGCGUACUUCCAGCCCCAUGAUUGCGCUUUCUCUCACACGUGCCCGCUUCAGCAUCAUCCGUCUGCUCUCAACUCUUCCACCCCUCAAUCUCUCACCCUCUCACCCUCUCUCGUUCGCUCAUUUUCCCUUCCCUCCCCCAAUCCUUCCCCCCCUCCCUCCCCCCCUCCCCUCUCGUCCCCCCUUCCCCUUCAUGCCUCUUCCAGGCGCUACUUAGACCAGGAGGGCGCGCCAGUCUAUCACGGCCUCACCGAACCGCUAUCUCAAGGACUCACCCCAGCCCUCCGAUCAGCGCACAGCCAAUCUGAGCUGUCCAUUCUCUCCCCCACGUCGCCCCAUGGCACCACCGCCACCACCGCCACCGCCUUGUCUUCCCCUGCUGCGAUUAGUAUCAGCCAUCAGUCCUUCGUUCACCUGCAUAACCCUCGCGGUUACCUGGUUACCAGCUCACCGCAAACCGGCCCUGCUGUUGCUGCUGCUGCUGCUUCUGCUGGUGCUGGUGCUUCUUCCGUUGCUGCUGUGUCGGCUGGGCAGCCUCGGGGAUUGCCUGUCCCUGCAGGUUCGGAUCCUGGACCUACUGCCGAGCCUGUUGGUGGUGCUGGCGGAUCCGCAGUGCGGGCUGGGCUAAGCGCGGCUUUUAGUAAAGCACCUGAGGCGGUGGAAGAGGAGGAGCUGCGUGGGCUGGCGCUUACUGCAGGGGGCAAGUGGGAGGAGAAUGAGGGGGGUUUGGCGCAUGGGGGGAUGGCGCAUGGGGGGAUGGUGAAUGGCGGGAUGAUGGAUGGGGCGAUGGUGGAUGCUAUGUGGGAAGCUUAUCAUGCUGGUGGUGGUAUGACGCAUGGUGAAGCGAUGGUGGGUGGAGCGAUGAUGGAGGGAGGGAUGAUGCAUGGGGGGAUGAUGGAUGGGAGGAUGAUAGACGGGGGGAUGGGUGCAGCAGGGAUGGGUAUGAUGGGCCCGGAUGGCAUGGCAGGCUUGCAGAGCACACAGCAGGGCAUGGAAGGAGCACAGGCAGCAGCACGUGGCAUGUGGAUGGGCGGCAGGGGCAGUGCAGCCAUGGCGGUGCAUGGCGCCGGGAGUAUGGGGAGAGGCGGCGCGCAUGCAGGGGGAGUGGGCGCGCAUGCAUGGGCGGUGGAACGCGCCAUACGAGAAGGGCUGCGCCCACAUGCGUCCACGUCCUUCAAGACCGCUGCCAGCCCCAUCCCUGUCUACCAGCAGAUCAUGGUUCCCCAGACAGCCUUGGCGCAGAGCCACACCAUGCACCCGGACCAAACAAUGCUGCCGAACCAGAACAUUCUGCCGAACCAGAGCAUGCUGCCGAACCAGAGCAUGGUGGGCGGGGGCAUGCUGCCGCAGCAAGCCAUGCUGAUGAACCAAGCCAUGCUGCGGAGUCAAGGCAUGGUGGGGCAACAGGGCAUGAUGGGGCAACAGGGCAUGAUGGGGCAACAGGGCAUGAUGGGGCAACAAGGCAUGAUAGCACAGCAUGGCAUGGUUAUGCUGCCACAAAGCAUGCUACCGAUGGUACCACCCACCAUGCACUCUCACAGCGCUGCAAGAAGCAAGAUGGGGAAACGGACGGGCACUGGUGGGUCUGCCGGCGUGGCUGCAGGCGUGGCGGCAGCACCAACAGCACCGGGUGGUGUGACAGAGCGUGCAGGCAUGCAGAGGGCAGCGGCCGGUGCUGUGGCAGCCGGUCCUAAGGAUGAUGUGUUGAAUAAGAUGGGGAAAAUUGUGGAUGAGAAGGAUGCGAAGGCACACAGACCUGCAGUAGAAGGUGGAGGUGUGGCAGGUGGUGUUGUGACUUGUGAGGGCAGAGCAGGGGCGAUGGAGCAGGGGAGCAUGGAGAGGCAUCGAGAUGAGGACAUGUGCAUGGUGCUAGGGCAAGCAGGAGACGAGGGGCAUGGAGGUGGUGAUGAUGCGAGGGCAGCUGAGGCAGCGUGGCAGGGAGGGGACGAGGCAAUAAUGCAGACUGCAUGGAUUUUGGAGCAGCAGUGGGGGGAGGGGAUCUGCAGCACCAGCCCCCCCUGUCCCCCCCUUCUCCUACCUCCCCCUGCUGCGGGUGCAGCAGUGGGGGGGAGGGGAUCUGCAGCACCACCCCCCCCCCCCCCGUCCCCCACCUUCUCCUUCAUCCCUGGGGGGUGA